AUGAACCAUUGUGUUUGUGUUGCAUCAUUAAAUUAUAUCUUUUUCUCCUUUCAGUUCACUAAAUCACGUUUUGGUGGGUCAAAGUCUGACUCACUAAAGCCCAAUUUAGUGGCUAGGAGGACCCCCAGCCCUUCUCCUCCUUCUCCAUCCUCUGUGAGGACCCCGAGCUCUUCUCCUCUUCCUUCUCCAUCCUCUGUGAGGACCCCGAGCCCUGCACCAUCCCCUGUGAGGACACCGACCCCUGCACCAUCCUCUGUGAGGACACCGACCCCUGCACCAUCCUCUGUGAGGACACCGACCCCUGCACCAUCCUCUGUGAGGACACCGACCCCUGCACCAUCCUCUGUGAGGACACCGAGCUCUUCUCCUCUUCCUCCUUCUCCUCUUCCUUCUCCAUCCUCUGUGAGAACCCCAAGCCCUUCUGUAAGCAUCAGCCUUGCAGUAGCCCCUGACGAGUCUGGAGGAGUUCCUUCAGCAGCUGCUGCGGUUGCAGCUUCAAUCUGGUUGCCGGGGGAACUGAGCAAGACCAUCCCUGUGCAGUACCACAGGUGGAUUGCCAGCACCCUCUUUCCCUCCGGUAAACUGCGGUCAGAUGUAAAGCUGUGGUAUGAGCCCCCUGUCCCAGCCCUCAUUUACCACCAGACCCCGGCACCCGACAGCUUCUUCACCCAUCGGCUGAUGGUGUGGAUGCCAUACCACCUGUGGAAGGUGAAGGUGUCCUGCCCGGCUUGUGGGAAGCAGCUGACGGGCUAUGGUGUCCACAAGAGGGCUCGAAAGGUCUUAGACAUCGACGGGUAUUACCUGAUGGUGACAGAGACACUCAGGUGCACCGUGUGUUCCCUGAACUAUCUGUCGACCAGUCAGACUGUCCGGGACCAGCUGGACCUGCCCCACCAGAAGCUGUUUCAAAUGAUUCUGACCCGCAAGUAUGCUUGUGACAUACGUGUCAUUCGGCUGCUUCGGGACCGGACUCUCGGCAACAGUCCAGCACGACUGGCGAAGCAGCUCCGGGAGAACCACGGUGAGAAUUGGCUGAACCGGUUGGCACACUAUGUGGGGGAGUGUGCUAACUUUAUGAAUCAGCCCAGCCUCUUCCCAGUGAUCUGCCAGGAGCCCCCGGAGCCCAUCCACGUCCCCACCAGUCGCUGGCUGCUGACCAUCCUCUCCCGUCUGGACCACAUUAAGGCCAGCAUCACCUCCACGUUUGGUUCCAUCUUAAAGAUGGAUUCAACCAAAAAGAUUACAAAGAAGCUGGCUGGCCACGGCAGAGGGACAGCUCUCUGGCUGACCUCAAUCAGCAACGAAGUUGGCCAGGUCCUGACCAGUGUCCUGACAGUGCAGGAGGGGCCAGGACUGGACAGGAUGGUGUCUGGAGUGAUGGAGUGGUACCGCCAGGCAUGUGUCCCCCCGCCUGUGCUGCUGUAUGUGGACUGUGGCUGCUGCGUGAGCGAGGGGGAGAGCAAGCUGCAGACCAGGUUUGCACAGUGGCCAGACAUCCACAUAAGACUGGACAUCUGGCAUUUCAUGAGGAGGCUGGCUGUCGGUUGCACCACCGAUGCUCAUCCCCUCUACCCCACCUUCAUGGGCUGCCUGUCUGCAUGUAUCUUUGAGUGGGAUGCAGGGGACCUCAGUCUGUUGCGGCAGGCUAAGAGAGAGCAGCUCAGACAGGAGGGUGUGCCAGCACUUACUGAUAUCCUGGUGGACAGGAGAAUCACUAAGAAGGAGCUGAGCCAGUACUGCAGAAGGAGGACGCGCGGGGAGAAGGGGACCAUCAGCCUCAUCGAGCAGCUGCUGCAAACACUGGAGGGGCCAAAAGGGAGAGACCUCAUGGGGGUGCCGCUGCUGGAACAGGUGCGCAUGGAGCACAUCUGGCGGGUGCAGAAACGGCACGUCAAGUGCAUCCAGGACGUGCCAGGUGUGCAGCUGUACACAGUGACAGGCACCACCACCACCAAAGGCGGCGUUGUCCUGACCAGGUACCGCUGUGCCAGAGGGUCCACGUCCCUGGAGUCGUUUCACUGCCACCUCAACAGGUUCAUUCCAG